UAUUGACUUGCAGCUGUCACUAGGUCUGUUAGCAGUCUCUGUCUCACAAACACUCUGCUGGAGCUGGAGAGGGGUCUGUUUGUCCCAGUGUAUCGCCUUUCACUUUUGGCACUUACCCUGCAGACUGCCCCCAUACAGGUGGCCCUUCUCAUUGCAGUAUCAAGAAACAGUGGCUCUGUGACAGUUACACCGCUUUACACAAUGUCAAACAACAUGACUAAAAUUGCCGAGGCUCGUAAAACAGUGGAACAGUUGAAGAUGGAGGUGAAUGUAAGCAGAACGAAGGUGUCUAUCGUGGUUUCCGAGAUCCUCUCAUUCUGUCAGUCUCACUCCCUGUCCGAUCCAUUGGUCUCUCCAGUUCCAGCACCUGAGAAUCCAUUCAGGGAGAAACGUCUGGUUUGCGUUGUCCUCUGAUCUGCUCAACCCAUGGCCUGCAGUCUUCAUCACCUACGACAUACAAUCUUCUUCUCUUAGCCUCUUGUAUUAUAUGUUCUUUGUAACCCAUCGACCUUCCUAGUUGCCUCGUUACAUGACAUUUUGUAUGUUUUGUCUUGCUUGUGUGUAUGUAGAGGUAGCGGCAGGAGACCUGUCCAAGUAUGGGACCUGUUACAAAUCCUUUGCAAAAAAAAACAUUUUCUUUCCAGGAAACAUUGUAUUGACCAACCCCUUGGAAACUCCUAGUGAUUACUUUACCAACUGCAUUCAAUAUGAGGUCUGUUAAUAAAAGGUGUGCGUUGUGGCAUCUUGAGAACUGGCUUGUGUAAUUUAGGAUACAAUCUAUAACCGCAGAAUUGGGAAUUCUUUUUUUAACCCUACCGGUUUUCUAAAUUACACAAGUUAGUUUUAAAGUUAUCACAGCUCAUUGUUUAUUGACUAAACCCCUUUGAAGUCUCUCCUUAGCUUGGUGUCCGGUAGGUCUGAUUUCUAAGAAUUUUCCCCUGACGUCAUGGUGGCUUUACCUUUUUAACCCCUACGUUUCUUUUGCCCUACAUUGUAACUACACUGUCAUGACAGCUGUUAUAAUAAAAUAGUUAAUUAGAGUG